UAGACGUUAUCGGCAGUAGCAAUUACGGCGGCUGUGAUUGGCUGCCUCCACCCCGGCCGGCGACACUCGCCGCUCCCACACCAUGCUACACGCCGCCCUGCUCGCCGCCUGCCUCGCCGCCGCCAGCGCAGGGAUCGGAUAUGGAGACAGUGGGUCGCCGCCGCCGUCGCCGGGCACGCUGAGCAGUGUGGGGGGAGACGGGGAGGAGAUCCCGCCCGUCUACAGACCCAAGUCACAGAACUACAUGAUCUCGGUGCCGGCGCGGCCGCGGGCGCCGCACGCUCACUGGGAGGAGGAGACGGCCCUCACGCGCGCGCCCGACGCCAGGAACUGUCUGCUGUGCGAGGCGCAGGACUCGGGCGCGUGUCGGGCCAUGCCGAGCUGCGUGUACUGCGAGCCCACGGUUACCGCGCUGUGCGACCGCGGCGCGCCCUGUCUGCGCUGCACCGUGAUCAAGAACCCGUUCUUCGUGUGCACGCCCGGCGAGAAGUACAUGGACGAGUGCGACUCGUGCCGCUGCACGGACGGGCGCGGCGGCCGCUGCUCGCACCAGCACUGCGAGUUCAGAGCUCUACACCUGUACGCCAUGAAGCUGUCGGAUGGAGAGUUCUAUUAAAUUAGGGAGAGAGGAA